AUGGACGAUUAUCGUCGUUAUCGCAACGUCAAAGACAACUCCGCUACGAGAGAGGACCUCUUCUCUGGCGCUACUAACCAAUACGGUGGAGGGUAUGGUCAACAGGGUGGAUAUCAAUAUCCACCACCUGGCGGACAAUAUCCGCCGCCUGGUGGAUAUGGUUAUGGUGGUUACAAUGAUCCUUAUGGACGACAGCAACAAGAAACAGAAGAAGACGUUGAAGAGAUUAAGUCUCAAAUUCGAGCUACUAAAAUAGACUCUUUAGCCUCUACUCAACGGUCUCUGCAGAUGAUCAAUGAUGCAGAGGAGUCAGCACAAAAUACCUUGAAUAAGCUUGGAGAACAAAAACGAAUAAAUUACACGGAACGCCAAAUGGAUCUUGCUGGGGCACAUGCAGAACGUGCAGCUGAACAAGCUGCCAAAUUGAAAAAAGUUCGCAAUCCAUUCACCAAAAAGAAACGUGAAGCAGCUGAACUAGCAAGAGUUCAAGCGAUGCAAGAACAACAAAGGGCCAGUAGAGAGCAUAUGAGAACUGGCAAUUACGAAUCACAAAAAAGAAUUAACGAAGCUAUAAAACAGAGUGAUAAAGCUAGUAGUCGUGGAAAGACUCCAUCAUCAAAUAGAAGUAGAUUCCAAUUCGAGGCAGAUGAAGAAGAUGAAAAUAUAGAAAAUCAACUUGACAAUAAUUUGGAUAUGCUUUCGCAUGGGUUGACUCGUUUGAAUCAUAUGGCUAAAGCGGCUGGAGACGAAGUGAGGAAACAAAAUGAAGUUUUGGAUCGUAUUUCUGAUAAGACAGUUGGAUUGGAUAAUCGUAUUACUGGAACAACCCACACGUUAAAGAAGAUUUAA